CAGUCGGGAAACGGCGGGGCAGCGAGGAGCGGCGAUGGCGCGGAGUGCCCUGGCGCUCGGCGUGCUUGCGCUGCUGGCGCUGCUCGGCCUGGGGGCGGCCGCUGAGUCGCCGAAGGUGGAAGUUUACGCCCGUUCACGCGCCGAGGAGGGAAAGGAGAACAUCCUCCACUGCUUUGUCACCGGCUUUCACCCGCCCAAGAUUGACAUCAAACUCCUGAAGAACGGGGAGCCCAUUCCCGGCGUCAAGUACGGGGACUUGUCCUUCAACGAGAAGUGGCAGUUCCAGCGCCUGGUCUAUGUGCCCUUCACCCCCACGAAGGGGGACACCUUCUCUUGCGAGGUGGCGCACUCCACCAUGCCGAAGUCACGCAAUUACCUAUGGGGUAUGUUACUUCUGAGCUGCGUCUGGGGUAAUCCACGAUCUGGGAUAUCCUUCUUGCAAGUCAGUCUUCUCAAGCUUCUGUCCAUUGUUCAUCAUAGCCACAACACUGAUCAACGUCCUCUCAGAAAUUCACUAAUAAGCCUUGUUAACAAUAUCACUUAGCCACAGCAUCAAGGGAGCUCUGCAGGUUUUUUGAGCAUGUCGCUAAAAAUGCCCCCAUUGCAGCUUAAAAAAAUGGUAACUCUUCACUGUUAAAAUUUUUGCAGGAUUUUUAUACAUUAAUAAACUGAUAGUCCUUAAAAUGUUUCUUCAGAGUCAUUUGACAAGCUGAUUUCACAGGCUGUGAUGACCACUGGCUUGUGGGUGGAUAUGUAACCUUGGUGGUAUGAUGGGCAAUUGUGCUGCUUUUAUCCCACUGAGAAGAUGCAAGAGCACUUUUCCAAGUGAGAGAGAAUUAAAGAUUUUUUU